AUGAAUUUAAUAAAAAGUACCAUCAGUCACACAACAGGAGGGAAGAGCCCUUGGCCAGGGUCCCACACCCACCUGUGCUCUCCGCACCUCCGCCUUCCUGCGCUCGCAGCCCUCCCGUGGCCGGGAGCUCCGCCUGGUUAUGGCCCCGAACCGAGCCCGCGGAGCCCUCACAGCGCCGGGCACCGCCGGCAGCCCGCUGCCGGGAUCCCCCACAGUACCGGGCACCGCCUGGAGCCCGCGGCCGGGGUCCCUCACGGCGCCGUGCACAUCCCGGAGCCCCCCUCACGGCGCCGAGCACGUCCUGGAGCUCCCCUCACGGCGCCGGGCACGUCCCGGAGCCCCCUCAUAGCACCGGGCACGUCCCGGAGCCCGCGGCCGGGGGCCCCUCACAGCCCCGGGCAUGUCCCGGAGCCCCCCUCACAGCACCGGGCACCGCCCGGGGCAGCAGCACGAACGCCCCCCACCUGUGGGGAAAACGCCGAGAAGGCGCUGCGAAGCACCAACACUUUCCAGAGCGUUUUCCCAGCCGAAGUUAAGCGAUGGAGGGCCACCUGUCCGCCACAGGGCUCUGGCAGCGGCCGCUCCCCGGCGGACCGGCCCCAAACUCGGCCUCCGAGCACCGAGGAGCCCGGGGCACAGCCGGGGCGAGGGCGGGCAGAGCAAAAGAGUCAGGGAUGGCUGCGGGCAAACAGGGUGAUGGGCUGCACCUCCAGUCCGGGUCCAGUUCCGGGCCUCUCGCUACAAAGACAUUGA